CGCAAGAUUAUUUGUGUGGGUUGUCUCCGAGGAUCAGGAGAUUGGAUGAGAGAGCUCAAGGAAGAGCCAAGAAAGGACCUAAGGUUCCUUUCAGCUGGAUACAUGACAGAGAAGUGCAGCUCUAAAUAGAAACAGAGAACAAAAGAAAAAUCCUAAAGAAGAAGCUUCUCUUCUUUAACGACUCUCCAGGCCCAAAUUCAAAGACUUUGGCCCAACCAGUUAGAUACUGCCAUGGGAGGCGGUGGAGGCUACAGACUAUACCCAACAAUGAACUCGGGGAAGGAGUAAAGAUUCGAACUUUUCUCCUCUUUCUCCACAUCUUUGGAAAGAAACAGAGAAUGGAUCCAAUAGAGGUGGUGGAGGAGGAGAAGAAGGUGAGAGAGAGAAUUAGACACAAAGUCAACCAAGUCAGUUCGGUCUCGCAGUCUCUUCUCUCUCCAUUACAAGACCACAUCAACUUCACCCUUCAGAAAGCUUACUUCAAAUGUGCGUACGAGUGCUUUGAUAGGACAAGAACACACGCUGAGAUUAGUCAAUGCGCAGAGACUUGCAGUGUUCCCAUCACAAACGCUCAGAAUCAUUUUGAUAAUGAGAUGUCUGCCUUCCAAGAGAGGUUGAAUAGAUCACUUGUGGCUUGUCAAGAUAAGUUUGAGGCUGCGAAGCUCCAGAGGACGAGGAAUGAAGCUGUAGUUGGUUUGGAGCAGUGCGUGAACCAAACCGUUGACGACGCUGUGAAGACGCUGCCUAGUCUCGUGUCAAAGAUGAAGAAGGCUUUGUCUGUAUCAGACUGAGAAGCUCUGCAGAUUCUAUUAUUUUUAUCGUGACCAAGAAAGACUUUCCGAUUCUAUUAUUUUUAUCUGUUAUUGAUAUUUUUGAACUCAACUCGGCCAAAAUGCAAUACCAACUUCUUCAGAUUCUUUUUAUAUCUAGCAAAGAAAUGAGAUUAUUGUUGAGACAAA